GGCCCGGGCAGCGCCAUGCAGAGAGCGGCGGGCAGCGGCGCCCCCGGGGGCGGCGGCGGGGGCAGCGGCGGCCCGGGCGCCGCCUUCUCCAUCGACUCUCUCAUCGGGCCGCCGCCGCCGCGCUCCGGCCACCUGCUCUACACGGGCUACCCCAUGUUCAUGCCCUACCGGCCGCUCGUGCUGCCACAGGCGCUGGCCCCCGCGCCGCUGCCGGCCGGCCUGCCGCCGCUGGCCCCGCUCGCCUCAUUCGCCGGCCGCCUGAGUAAUACCUUCUGCGCCGGGCUGGGCCAGGCGGUGCCCUCGAUGGUGGCGCUGACCACUGCGCUGCCCAGCUUCGCAGAGCCUCCGGACGCCUACUACGGACCCCCGGAGCUUGCCGCGGCCGCCGCCGCCGCCUCCACCGCCUCGCGAAGCAACCCCGAGCCGGCGGCCCGGCGCACAGAGGGAGCGCUGGACGCCGACGAGCUGCUGCCGACGCGCGAGAAAGUGGCUGAACCCCCGGCGCCGCACUUCUCAGAGACUUUCCCGAGUCUGCCGGCAGAGGGCAAGGUGUACAGCUCAGAUGAGGAGAAGUUGGAGGCCCCAGCAGGAGACCCAGCAGGCAGCGAGCAGGAGGAAGAGGGCUCAGGCGGUGACAGCGAGGACAGCUUCCUGGACAGUUCUGCAGGGGGCCCCGGGGCCCUUCUGGGACCUAAACCGAAGCUAAAGGGAAGCCUGGGGACUGGCGCUGAAGAGGGGGCACCAGUGGCCACAGGGGUCACCACGCCUGGGGGGAAAAGCCGAAGGCGGCGCACAGCCUUCACCAGUGAGCAGCUUUUGGAGCUGGAGAAGGAGUUUCACUGCAAGAAAUACCUGAGCCUGACAGAGCGCUCCCAGAUCGCCCACGCCCUCAAGCUCAGUGAGGUGCAGGUAAAGAUCUGGUUUCAGAACCGCCGCGCCAAGUGGAAGCGCAUCAAGGCUGGCAAUGUGAGCAGCCGCUCCGGGGAGCCCGUGAGGAACCCCAAGAUUGUGGUGCCCAUACCUGUGCAUGUCAACAGGUUUGCUGUGCGCAGCCAGCACCAACAGAUGGAGCAGGGAGCCCGGCCCUGAUCAGGCUCCUGGGGACCGGAAGGCAAAGGAUCUGCACCUGUGCCUGCCCAGGACUCACUGGGUGCUGCCGACUAAAGGGGCCGGUGGACCCUGCUCUGGGAGAGGUCAGCUAUGCCCCCUGGAUUGCAGACACGAGUGCCUGGCCUGGAACUGUUCUAGAGACACCAGAACUAGGGGUUCCAGGGGCGCAGUUCCCCGAGAGCUUCUGGAACAGAAGUGGACUCUUGGGUUGGGGAUACGAGGUGCCCAGGGCCUAGAGGGUUCCGUGGCUAAGACCUGAGAGGGCAGCUUCUAACAGAGGGAAGAAGUCCCGGUGGUACCAGCCCGCGACCACAGUUCCUUAUUUAUUUUGUGUAAAGUUUGUAUAUAUGGAACUAUUUUGUCUUUGUCUGUCUGUACCCUGAAAGGGGGCUGGGAACGCUGUUUCCUUGAGCCUCAUCCAGUUUGUCCCACUCUCCUUUGUGACAUCUUGCUGCCCAGUACAAGGACAUGUGACAUGAGAUGGAACUGUCUCGGCAAAGUGGGGCUCUUCCACUCUUAGGCAUCCCUCCACAGUGCACCCCACCCCUCCCAUUCCCACCGGCUACUUCCCGUGGACAGGCAAACUUCUCUGCUUCUGGUAUCUUCUCUUUGGGGAAGGCGGCACGAGUCAGGGAGGCCCCAGUUUAACCUGGAGAACUCAGGUCACCUGCGUAGAGGACACUGUCCUGUCAGUGACUCGGGCAGGACAGGAGGCUCACUCCACCACGCGCGCCAGACGAAGAAGCACUUUCACAGAGAGCCUUCAUUUGCUGCCUCAGACGCCAGGGCCUGAGGCAGACGCACGCCCAUGGCUUCUCUGCCCUUGCAGCCUUAUGUGUGUUCUCCUGUCCAUUGCAUUUUGAGGGGCUAGGCUCCCACUAGCCUCUUCUAUGACAGAACAAGACGGGUUGAAAGAAGUCACUGCCAAAUAGGACAACAGUGAGUCAGAUGAUUCUGGAAGGAUAUGGGGCAGAGAUUAUGGGCAAAUUCCCGGAGCAGGGCUCUAGGUAUCUGCAGAUGUUGGGGAAAGGAGAGUGAGACACGCGCACUAUGGCUGCUGUUGGGGUAACUAGCUUUUUGGGGAGAAACACGAGCUCUCUGCAUUAGGGAGAGCAGAAGACAGAAAAGUGAACAAGCUGUGAAUGAGGCAGUUACCGCCAAGGGAGGGCCAAGCUCAAGCCGCUUACACUCGGGGCCUGCCUUGCAGGCCACUCUGGCCACCCGUGAGCCCCAGAGGGGCAAAGUCGUUAAUGUCACGUUCAGUUAGUUGUUGAAUGCCUCUAAUGAGACCAAGACAGUCCGUCCUUGGCAGUUCAUUUCUCCUAAGCAACUCUAGUGUGGACAUAAACCAACAGUAGGCUGUCUCUUUCUCGGUCCUUGGAAAUUUAACUUCAGUAAGGCUUGGGAAUUUAACCUUGAAUAUGCAGUCCAGAUCCAGCCCAUUCUCAGCCAGGUGUACCUCAAAGUCAAGAGGCUCGGAUCCCUUACACUCCAUCUACACAGGAGGCAGAGGUUCAGCAGGAGCUGGGUGGAGUUCAGGUUCUUUGAGGGAGGUGGCCAGCAUUCAGGGAGUCUGGGGUUAGCCCAUUCUGUGCCUGGGAACCAAGUCCUGUACCUAUUCAUGGCGCUGUCUAGACUCUGCCCUGUGUAAGGCUCUUAAUAGACUUGAAAAGGGGGAUGCGGGUGAAAAAAAUAAAAUCUGGUUUCCUCUCAA